CCCCGGGGGACCCGCUGCAAGCACAAGGCGGCGGGGGAAGGGAUCAAGGCGUAGGGAAGGAGGCGCGGACCCGGCAGCGCGGGCUGCAGGGCACGGACCCGGGCGGCCGGAGGGGAGUGUCAAGAUGGCGAGCGUGCUGUCCAGGCGCCUGGGGAAGCGCUCCCUGCUGGGCACCCGCGUUUCCACGCCCAGCUCCUUGGCAGACAGGAUGCUGGGGACGGCCCAAAUCCCCACAUUGCAGGCGGAGCUCAGCAGAGUGUCUUCCCACCUGGCUUCGUAUGAGGGUGGUCGGUGCAAGGAGCAGGGAGAGGAGAGCAGCACGAUGCCCAGCUUCCCAAACCUGAACCGCUUACAGCUCCACCCAGGACAAAGAGUUUACGUCGCCUAUAACGGGCAGGAGUGCGCUGGCCUGGUAGAGCAGCACAGUCAGCUGAAUGACGAGGUGCAGGUGCUGCUCGAGGUGCAGGGAGUGCACACCUGCUGGAAGACCGAGGACGUGAGACUGGCUGAGAUGCAAAGAUCACCGCCCCCUACCCUUCCGAUGGACCAUAGCCCUGCCACUGUGAUGGAUCAGAGCCCUGCCACUGGAUCAGUUCAGAGAUCGGUUUCUAGGAAUAUUGAUGUACCUAAAAGGAAGUUGGAUGCUGCUGUGGAAAUGGACGAGAUGAUGGCAGCUAUGGUGCUGACUAGCUUGUCCUGCAGCCCUGUGGUGCAGAGCCCGCCCAGCCGCGAAAGCAGCAUGCCGGCGUCCCAGGCAGCCUGCGACUCAUGGAAGGAGAGUGGCGACGUGUCAGACAGCGGCAGCAGCACCACCAGCGGGCACUGGAGUGGCGGCAGUGACAUCUCCACCCCAUCACCCCCGCAUCCUGAAGCCAGCCCCAAGUACUCGAGUGAGGCCUUGAGCUCCCCUCAGGCUGACGACGGCUUUGAGACCGACUCGGAUCCCUUUCUUCUCGAUGAGCCUGCCCCAAGAAAGAGAAAGAACUCGGUGAAGGUGAUGUACAAGUGCCUGUGGCCAAACUGUGGUAAAGUCCUGCGCUCCAUUGUCGGGAUCAAGCGUCACAUCAAGACCCAGCACCUUGGAGAUGGCGCAGACUCUGACCAGCGGAGGAGGGAGGAAGAUUUCUACUACACCGAAGUUCAGGUGAAAGAAGAAGCUGCUCCGGAGUCUGCCACCAGCCCCACCUUUGGGUCCUCGCCCAUUGUCAUCCAGCAGGCCCUAGCCAAGCCAGAAGCCUUGGCUUUGGACCAAGCAACCUUGGAGUCUCACCUCCCAAACAGUGCCCUCAGUCAGUCUGCCCCCAGUUCCUUCUGGCAUAUCCAGGCUGAUCAUGCCUAUCAGGCCUUGCCAUCAAUUCAGAUUCCGGUGUCACCACACAUAUUCACCAGCAUCAGCUGGGCUGCUGCCACCUCCACCAUCCCUUCUCUCUCCCCAGUUCGAAGCAGAUCACUGAGCUUCAGUGAACACCAACAGCCAACACCAAUGCUGAAGUCACACCUGAUCGUCGCGUCUCCUCCCAGGGCUCCCAGUGGCACCAGAAAAGUCCGUGGCGAAGCCAAGAAAUGCCGUAAAGUGUAUGGAAUUGAGCACCGAGAUCAGUGGUGCACGGCCUGCCGGUGGAAAAAGGCCUGCCAGCGGUUCCUGGAUUGAACACAUGAACAUUUCAGGAGUAUUGAAUUUCUUUCUCUCUCUCUCUCAGCCGAGAGCACCCAAAGUUGGUCAUUACUGCAACCAGGGCACAGCAAACUUGGAGGUAUCUAUCUCCUGUGGCUUCAGCAGAGAUCUCAAGAGCUGCAUGUAAAUUCCAAGUUCUGUAUAUUGUAUGUCAGCUGGAUUUAUUAAUUUUUUACACUUUCUGUGGGUUUUUUACAAAUGUUUUUAAAAACAAAACUAAACUCCCAUUUUAUAGUAAAAAUAGGGAAGGAAAGAAAGAGAGCUGGUUGCUUGGUGUUCACAGGAGACUUGUUAUUUGGUGGUCCAGGGACCAAAGAACUUUUUACUGAUCUCCCAGCUCAACAGUCAAGUCUACUGAACUUUCAGGUCAGUAGCUGGGAUAAGGAGGUGAGGAUCAUCUCUCUCUGUUACUUGACUGGCUAGAAAGCUCGAAGUCUGCUGUUGUUUAAAGGGACACGAUCAGAAGAAUAAUCAUAGUUCAAAAAAGGAAAAUUAUGUUCAUGCUUUACUAGUAACACCUUAAAUUAUUGGAAUGGGAGGAAUUUAAAAUUCUUUCCUUUGCUUUUUACCAAUGAUACUGUGUUUGCUUUUUACAGCUCUCAGCUCUGACAGUAAAGCUGGACUUGCUAUGUCUCCGGUCAGUUUCACUUCCUGGUUUUUAUGUGUUCUGAUACAUCUGCAGCAGCAAUGUUGAAAUCUUAAAAUAUACAUCUACAUAUAUUUUUAUAUUUUAAUUGAAAAUUUUUUUUUAAAUGAAACUAAUUUUUUUGUUCAUCUUAGAUUCAUGAAAACAACUUAUUUCUUUGAAAAACAGAAAUUUUGGGUCUAACAGUGUCUCUUUAAACUACAGGGAAUGGGUUUUUAUUUUGAAACCUGAUGUAGCUUUCUGCAAAGUUGGCAGGAUCAAUAUUGUUAACCCAAGAGGACUAAAAAGGAUGGACACACACAAAUUUAGGCCCCCAGUUCAGCAAAAUGCUUACAUACAUUUUUACAUUCUGUUGAAAUCAGUGGGACUAAAGUACAUGCUGAAGGAGUUGGGAUUAUUUGCAUGCUUAAAGAUAAGCACGUGCUUAUGUCAUUAGCUGAAUGAGCAUCAUAGAUAGGUAUGUUACGAAAUUCUGAAGUGUGAAAGAUGUCUGAACCCAGCUUUCUGGCUUUCAUUUUUUAAAAAUUCAUAUUCUCUUUACAUGAUUCAAAUGUUUCUGGUUUGAUGAUCUGUCUUUGUGUACAGUUUACCGUCCUCAUGGGGUAGAAUUUGUCCCUGUUUGCCUGAUUCUCACUUAUAGCAGUGUAACUUCAGGGGAGUUACUCCUGACUUGCACAGUUUAAAUAAGAGAAGAAUCAAGCCCAAGGAGUCUUUCUGGAAUUGCCGGGGGAGGGGUUGGGAGAGCUGGAGGGAAAGAUCAAAGGUUCCAGAGGCCCCUCUGAUUUUGGAGAAGACCACCAUUUAAUUCACCACCAGCAGUCAGGUCCAAUUUUUAUUGUUUUUGGUCUUUGCUCUCAUGACUGAUCAACCACAUGUAGGAAGUGCCCAAUCUACUGUCUGAGCUGUGAAAAGCCACUUGGCAGCAAGUGUAGUCCAGCCACAAUACCAGCACACACAUUGCAGCUGCUGUGAGGAGCAGCAGAGUGCAUCCCAUGGCACAGUGAGCUGUCCUGUGGAAGUUUGGCCCUGCAUGGACAGGACCCUGGCGACCAGGAUGCUAGUGUCAGUGUCUCCGUCCAUCUCACUGUGUGGCCUCGGAGCACAAAGGCAAAGAAUUUUGUUCCAUACGUCCCCAUUUUGUGUCUUGGGGAGUCAGUGGUUGUUUCCAUAAUUGAACCCAGUACGGCAUGCGAUGGUAGCAGUGAGGGUUGACUGGGACACUCCCCCGGAGUGUGCCAUUUUGAUCAUGUUGAACUCAGUGGGUGUCACAAAAGUGCUCUGGCAUAGUCGCUAAGGAGCCGUGGUUUCUCUUAACGGGGCAAGGAAUGCCCCUGUCACUAAAGCCAUUCAAGUGCUACACUCUGUUGUGCAGAGAAUCCUGGCGCUGUGAAGUCUGUUUUGUUUGUAAAUACAAAAUGGCAGCUACACACCAGCCAUGUGGUCCAUGUUGUGCAUAACUCGGCUGCAGUCAGAGUUGAGGGUUUUGUAUUAAUGGGCGUGGGUGGGAAGGGGGUCAUUGGACUUUUUGCUGCGUUUUUGAUAAUCAUAGGCCAUAAACUGCAGACCUCAACCCAUGGGCAAGGCAGAAACAAGCCUGGUGUAUUUUUAAGGACCAUAUGAUUGACUACACUUUCUUUGUAAAAUCAGUUCAUGUGACCAGGAAGGUGUUGUUUCCUCCCGGUUCAACGUGAGCCUGGUUGAUAAAGGGGCAGGUGGUGCAGUCAAAGGGGGUUAUAUAUGGGUGUGCUUGUUGGUAUUUUUUUUUUUUGUAAUUUUGUACAUAUAUACAGUAUAUUGUUUUAGAACCCAGUCUUCUGCAUGCUGUUAAAUUGGUGGAUGCCAAAUUGGCCUAUGGGAAGCAGGAACAAAGUGAGUGUGUCUCCUCCCUAUUUGUUUUUUUUUUUGUUUUUUUUUUUACCUAGUCCACUGGUUCUCCAGUGGGGUCUGAGCCAAUGGAAUCAGCUAGGUCUGAUUCAAUAGGGUCAGGUUCUCUACCUGGGUCCAUGUGGGUCUGAUGCAAAGUCCAUUGAAGACAAUGGGAUUCCUUCAGUAACUGCGGUUCAGACACUUUAUGAAGGAAGGAGUCCUUAAGAGGCCCUCUCUUACACUUCAGUCCCUCCACUGUGACUCUUACUCAGAUGACCACCAUAAAGAGCUAGCAGUUUGAGAUCCACUGGCUUAGUCUAAUGUAAGAAAUAUGGAUUAUGAAAGCAGACAAGUUGCUGAACAGGUGACCUUUAAAGGAAAACUGCAGUGAUUUGUCAUAACCGGUGUUAUUAAGCCCCAGGGAGGUAUUAUAUUUGACUAAAUACUGUAAAGGAAUGACAUUUCAAAAGAGAUUUCAGACACAGUGGUUGCUCUGCCUCAGAAGUACCAUUCAGAGAAAGGGGUUGAUGAUAGUCAGUUGGGGCUGCCAUUUUCAUGGUGAAGAAUUGUGCUUCCCUACUUGAACCCUGACAGGACAUAGUUGAAAAUCGGGCCGUUCUAAAAUAUUUUCUAUUUCUUUUUAAAUGUUUCAGUUGAUUUAAUGGUUGGUUUUAACCAACUUCUUGUAUUAAUCAAAAACAAUGUAAAAACCCCACAAACCUUCAAAACAGUCUAAUUUCCAGGUGUUUUUACUUGACUUGAAUUGGCUGAAUCCUAACCCGCCAAUGCACCUUUCUGUUUAUUAAUCAUCCGUCUUUAUUGUAUUUCAGGCACUAGGGGCCUACUCUUGCAGUGCUUGUAUGAGUACUCCCAGUGACCUCAGCACUGCAGUGGGACUACUCACAUGAGAAAGGGCUGCGGAAUUGGAUAUAUAGCUCUUAAAAGCAGUGGUUAAACUAUCUUUUGGGUUACACUGCAGUUUUCCUUUGAGGCUGACACCUGUGCCCACUGAUAAAAUUAUGAAAGGAAACCUCUUGUCUCCCAGUUUGAACUCUUGAUGUUGGAUGCUGCUUACUUGCAUGCAAGUGCUACUGUGUUUUUUUGCACUCGAGUUAUGGAAGGUUAAAGUAAAACUGACUAGAACCAUCGCCUGCAAUUCAAAUACAAGUCUUUUUUGAGGCCCCAAAAGUUCAGAUUCUGAUUUUUAUUAGUUGUUUUUUUCAUUCCCAGUUCUGGAACCAGAGAAAUGCCUCAUCUCUUAUUCCUGGCUCUGCUGUUUAAGGUUUUCAUCUCUCAUUACUGUAGUAUCUGAGCACCUCAGAAACUUUUAAUGUAUUUUUUUCUCACAACACCUCUGUGAGGUAGGGUAGUGCUAGUGUUCCUAUUUUAUAGGUAAAGAAUUGAGACACAGAGAGCCAGAUUUCUAAAUGUGCUAGAUGCCUGUUAUGGGGCUCCCCAUCCCAGAGCACUGCCUUAUGGCGUUGUCGUCUCUCUGUCCUGGAGAACCCUCUUGUGAUGGAGUCAUCUCUCUCGUGUAGUGGGGUACUUGGCCCUCUGGCUAUCUCCCUCUAGAGUCCCACCCCUUUUGGGCCAUGUGUCCUUAAUGUCCUUCAUCAGUAUUAAAAUACACACAGGGAACCAAAAAGUCUUCUGCCCCACCCGGGGUCUUCAGUUCCAGUCUCUUCACCGAGUGACAGCAAGUGAAACAGUGACAGCAACUCCCUUCCAGCUUUAUGAGUUUGAGAUUUCAGUCUCUCUUCCAGUUCCCUUUAGUCCUCUGACCUAUUGUCAGGACACUGACCUGCAGGGCCUCAAGUCCUGCCCCCCCCCCCCCCCCCAGGGGGCCCGCGCCUGUAGUUAAUCUUGGCACCUGAAGAUUAUUCCGCUUUUCCCCCUGUCACAAAUCUGGUCACCUCACCAGCUGCUAUGAGGAGAAAUCCAACCUUCUUGAUCCCCAGAUGUGUUUUAAGCCUCCAGAGUCUGAACAGAGCCCAGGCACUGUUCCAAUCUUGAGAUUCCCUACACAUACUCUUGGAGCACAGAUCCUCUAACACUCCCUCCAGAGAGCUGUGACCUCGCCAUCCACUACCCAGCGCCUGGAACCAAUGCUGAGACACCACAGACUCCCCUUGUAGCUUAAACACUCCGCUUCCCAAAACCGCACCCAAAGUGUGAGCCUUCUGGGUUACCGUUCAACCCUCUCAGGGGACGCAUAGUAGUUGUGACAUAUAAUAGACACUUUGCGCAGAGUUCUCGAACGCUGCUGCUCUUUACUGAAUCAUACAAGAGAUACACAGAUCCAUACAAAAAUAAAAAAAAGCUAUGCUCAUUUCCCUGCCUCAGUUUCUUCACCAGGGCAUUCUUUGGGCUGGUGUCAGAGCCUCUGGGACCAACCAGGUCCUUCUGCUGUGGACCGUUGGGUUCUGAAACAUGGAGUCUUCUCCCCAGCUCAACUACUAGUACUUUCACCUUGACUGAUCCAUGUCUUUCCUUCCUUCUUCCCAAACUUCCUGUGUGUCUCACUCUUCUCCUGACCUACCCAACCUCUGUGUUCUUUAAAGUCUAGCAUUAACACGUAGGUAUCUUUGUUCUGCUUGGUACCUUUCUGUUCUCCACUUCUGGUUCCUUCCUUCAGAGAGGUAGGGUAAAACUGUUUUCCCCGUAGGCCUAAACUCACCCACUGUUCCAAGGCGUUAUCACUUAUUAAGUUCUAAGGACCUUCUGUUGUAUCUGGUCUACUAAGAGGAUGUGAUCCAGCCCUGCUUAGCCCAUAGUGGAUAGCAUAGCUGGAGGAACAUUUAUGAUACAGCAUUUUUCAUGGUAACCACUUUAUAGUAACUUUGUAGUAUCAACCAGAAGUUAUAAAUUGUACAGAUAUGGGGUGUGACAACUUGGGGGAUCUAUAUCAAGGUCCUUCUUCAGACUCCCCCCCGAAGAGGAGUUCCACCUUGCAUUUCUUCUUAAGUUCCUCUCCUCCCUAACUGGCCACACCCUCUCCAGGUGUAACCAGUAGAGUCACUCAAGCUCUCCAGCUGUUCACUAAAACUUUCUUUGCUGAACUUCUCAGAUCAGCCCCAGCCCAGGGCAGUUACCCCAGGUGCAGACCAGCUCCCCCUUAAAGGGGCCCAGUCACCCCAUGACACCAUCUAAUUCCCAUUGAUUUCAUUGGGAGUUAGGCACUUACAUACAUCUGAUCCAGAGAGACUAAGGACAAGAUUUCUAAAGAUCCAGACAUAGGCAUCUACUGGGAUUUUUCA